AUGGGAAUCCGUGGCCUUCCCAAAGAGCUGCACGAGAGCGAGGGAAUACCUGGGGGGUCUUGUAAGGAUGCAGGAAAAUCAACACACGUGGAUUUCCUAUGCCGCUUCUUCCGCUUGCUACAGGCACGUGCAUUCCAAAUUCUCCAACAACGCAUCAAGGCCGGGUCUGACUCUGCCACAAUCACGCCUGCCCCAGAGCUGCAGUUAGAGACCGAGGUGCCCGCAAGAUCUCGAAAAAGGAAGAACAUCGCCGAGCAUAACUCAACCCCCAAUACCCCUUCCCUUGAUGUCACCAUUCCUUUUGAUCCCAAACAGACAUUGGAUGAGCUGAUCGAGGACAGUAUUGAUAGACUCGGCUACAAGAACCUUUUCCUCAACCCAGAAGGCCUGUCCCCUGUCGACAAGAAGAAUCUGCAGACCUUCCGAGCAGUAGGACACGUCCUGGAUGAUAUCCUGUCCAAGGAAUUCGACAAAGAGCUCACCAUCAUUCAUGUGGACGGUUCACCAUCAGAGCAGAAGCGAGGAGAACAUCGGCAGAGAAACGCGACCCUAAAGCGAGCACUGGACAAGCUACAGACGAAGGUCAGCGGUUCAACCCGGUCAACAAAGCAGCUCUUCAAGGCCUGCAAGAACAACUACCGCCUACCCGAGGGAGACGCCCCAGACCCCGACUCUGUCAUGAUCGUCACUUCUGAUAGUGAUCUAAUUGUCUACGAGGGGAUCCGCCACAUCAUGAUGCCCGUGGGCAAGACGAGGGAGUUGCAGUUGUUCGACAAGACCAAGCUCCUGGACCGUCUAGAUCUGCCGUCGGAACAGCACCUUCUCCUUGUCUGUAUCGUAACCUCCAACGAUUACGUGAAGAAUCUUCCGUACUUUGGGCUUCACAAGAACUGCGACAUCAUACGAGACUUUGAUCUGACAAGCCUAGGGCCGCUGGGAGGAUCUGGAGACAACGACCACAGAGCCGAGGCAUUGAUGCCGUUCAUUCAAAACUACCUGGACGAAGUUGAGCGUCAACUGGGGAAACGGAAGAAAAGAUCAAUACAGCAGACUUCUACUCGACACAAGCAACAGGAAAUCAUCCACAUUGGCCCGGAAUAUUAUCGCCAUGCAAUCACCGCAUUUUUCAAAAGGAUGGAGAGGCCUAUACAAGAACCGCUGGAGCAGGACGACGAGAGUCCUCACUCUCACGAUAUCAUUACCAUGAUACUACAGGAACUGUACUCUCGCAAAAGUCAACAACAGCAGCCUCAGCAACCCAGGAACGACACCCACACCUUCACACAGCACCUACCACCAGAGCGAGUCCCGAUCAAACUGUCUUCUACCAAGGACAUGGGCAUGGACACCGAUACGAACAUCGAAUCAGCACCCCCGUCAACAUCCACGCAAUAUGAUUCCAAGACGAUCUCCGAAUGCACCCGGAAGCGGAAAAGAUCCCUGAAACACAAGCAGCAGCGGAAGGAUCGAUUCAAGGCUAAGAAGUCAGAAGCCAAACACAAGCAGUGGAGAGAGUCACAGUUCAAAUCAAGGACCGAUAUUCAGAAGAGGUAUUCAGUCAGAACUGUCAACAUCCACGACGCCCCAAACGUCGAUGAGGCUGAGCUUUCCCAUAUGACUGUGCCUAAGCCUCGCUCCCAGAAACAGUCAUCUCCGUCUAUCAACAACCCGGUCUCCGACAACAACGCCAAAGAUACAUCCAAAACAACAAGCGGUUCUUCGUCCCAGCAGAAAUCCAGCGAAAACUCCCAACAAAAGAAGAAGAAGCGCAAACCUAGGAAGCGCAAACCUAGGAAGCCGAAGUCUGAAGUUGCACAACUUAAAUCCGGAUUCUCAAGCACCUUUGCAAUUUCAACACAGACGAUCGGUAGUGUUCUGGGGUGCCUACGGCGAUCACUAUUGCCGGCACGAGAGACUGGGCGACUUGCUAAACUCAGCGACGAGGAUAUCAAGGAUAUGGCGGUCAGGAUCGACUCGGCAGUGGCGACGAUGGCAGAGGCCAGGAUGUUUGUUUUUCGGGCAGUAGAGAUUAUGAUCCUUGAUCAGCUGUUGGGAGGAGAGGACAUUUCGGGAGCACUGGAUGCUGUCGCUGGCGAGGAGGAUGCAGGAGAGCCUUUUGACGUGGUCGAGUUACUGUUGGAGAAGGCCGCCGGGACCGCUAUUAUCAAGCAUAUGUUCUCCUUCAUCCUCAACGGAGAGAUCGAGCGCGGUCGCCCUAAAACAGUCAAGGAAAAGUCCAAGGCGGCGAAGAACAUCUCGAAGGCUGCUUAUGAUCGUCUCCGUCAGAUCCUACCAGGAUUUCGGCCUGUCAACAAGGACUCCAUCUGCGUUGGACGGUUGAUUGUUGAUGCAGCGGCGGAAUUCUCUGUUCAGCUGAGAAAACAUUUUCGGGAUUUGCCAUUCACCAUUGGAGCCAGGAUGUUAAAGUGUGGUUGGAGCAAGACCGACCUGCCAGCUGGAUCAUUUAAGGAGCAGCCGGGAUCCCAGACUGUUGGAGCAAUCCAACAAACUACAGCGGAGGAGAGGGAUGACGAUGACGACGAGAAGGACGAGGAUGACGACGAAGAGGACGUAGAGGACGAGGAUGAGGAAGAGGGCGACAACGAUACCAGCAUGCGAUUUGCCGGUGGAUACAUCCGUCACUGGUGGAAAGAGGCCGAACGUCUGCCGCCGGCUAUGCGACCUCUCUUCUGCCUUCGACAUAACUUCACCGAUCCGUUCAUCACAUUUGAGGAGCGGGCUCUGCCGCCAAUCCUGUGGUCCACGAGCAAGAAGAAUCCGAACCCGUGCGCUGCUGCUGCUUCCAAGAUCAUGGCCGCCAAAGAAGCAUCCGCACUCGUCGAAUUGACGCACGGGGAGUUGAUCAGGAUCUUAUUCUAUGGAGAACCAGAUGAGAUCAGGAAGUCACAUUCCGUGUGGCAGACAUCAUACGGGAGACGCUCGACAACUAUGGAAGCUCUUGCCAACAAUCAUCCGGCCAUCUUUGAUCCUAAUAUCCUUCACUCAUACUUGGACAACAAGUUCCGCUUCAUCAACUACGCCAGUGACUGUCGAGAGAAAGGGAUUGCAUGCGACAAGAGUCCCCCUCCCUUGCCGACAAGUCUCCUCUCACAGGAUCCGACCCUAUGCCCGCAACGAUUCGCGCUCAACAACAUCUUUUCGACAAAUGGCAAGGAACUCCAUGUCACCUGCUUUGAUACCACCAAGCCCUACAGGAGCAAGUUCGCCUUUAACCCUAUCUAUCGGAUCGAAAACAGAUUCCCAACACUACAAUCAAUUCUGGACGAGUUUGGCGUGUCGUCUAUCGAGGAGAUUGAUGUCUGGGGUAUUGACCCCGGUGAGGUCAACACGGCAGCAUUUUGUAGGAUCUUGCGGACCUAUCUCACUUCAAUUGACACCAAUGUGGCGACAGAUGAUGACGCUGAACCGCAACAUCGACGCAACGACCAAGCAUCCACCAACAGCAUCCUCCCUCCUGGUCUGGAAGCCAAGAAUCUGGUCGUGAGCAGAAAAUCGCUUUACCAGCCUGUGUUUGCCCAUCGACAUAAAAUGCAGGAUCUGUCGACAACGAGGAUCACCGUCAGUCCAGGUCAGACGAUUGAGGGCAAGUUAUGA